CAUGUGCGGCAUUGUCAGUUGCCCACAUCAAGCAUGGCCCCUGGGACUCUUGUGUAACCCAGAGCCUGUUGUCGAGACCGCCUCCACGGCAUUCCUCCCCCGAGCUCAUUUUCGCUCAGGCUUCCCCACAGCCAUCUAUUGUGGGCCUCGUGAUCAAAGGCAGCUGUUUCGGCGAGGAGCUUAACGCGGUGUGGCGGAACAAGGACCGGAGGUGGGAACGCUCCCUUUGAGAACACACUCAUAAAACAUGGCUGGUAAGAUCCAGAGCCUGACAGCAGAAGAGAGGGAGCACCUCCUCCCGCUCCUGAGGAAUGCCCAGUGGGUGGAGGUCGUGGGCCGAGAUGCCAUCUACAAAGAGUUCAUCUUCAAGGACUUCAACCAGGCUUUCGGCUUCAUGUCCAGGGUAGCCCUGCAGGCUGAGAAAAUGGACCAUCACCCCGAGUGGUUUAAUGUGUACAACAAGGUUCAGAUCACUCUGAGCACACACGAAUGUGGGGGCCUUUCGCAGAGGGACAUCACUUUGGCUACCUUCAUUGAUCAAGCAUCUGUCUUCUGAGAUGCAGUUGGGGACCAUUCCCAAGUUGUCCUUCAUUUAGCAGUCCAUGAAUUUACAUCUGGGGCUGGAACAAGAAGACUGCUUAAAAUGUCAAAUCGACACGUUUCACUCUAAUAGGAAAUGUUCAAAUGCAAGAAAUUUGUGGUCUUUGUCCAGCAGUUUUCCCCAUGACUUACAUUACAUGUAAAGUUCUGUCAGCCUAACGAUGCCAAAGAGUAGCAGGAUCCUGCACAAAAUCAUGCUGCAUGGAAGAGGAAAAACGUGAAAGGAAUCUAAGAUUUCAUUCAUUUUAAACUCAAGACUGAAUAAGGCUGUGACCAAACUGAUAUGACAGUAUUACUUUUCUCAUGAAGCAAGCAUGUAUUGUAUGUCAGUUGACUUGGUUAUUCUGUGCUAUCUUUAGUGUGCAGAAGAUUUUCAUGCAGGAAGUUGAGCUAAUCGGUUAGGGAAAUGAUACAACGGUUGCUCCAGUACCUCUCACAUAAUUUACAAUACAUUUUGUCUGUUAAAAAGAGACGUUAGUCCUUAGAGUAGAAAAAGUGCCUUUCAUUGCCAUGUACCCUUGUACUUCUAUUGUCAAUAAAGCUGUCACAUAUCCCUUUC